AUGGGUCUGCGUCCGUCUCUUACGUCGUGGAUCAUUGACUUCCUCACGGGGAGACGCCAAGUCGUCCGCUAUCAAGGAACCCUCUCCGACAGUGCCACCAUAACGUGCGGCCUACCCCAGGGAACUCUUCUUGGGCCUCUGAUUUUUGUGGCUUACAUCAACAGUGCGGCGCGUCAAAUCUCAGCCAAAAGAUGGAAAUUUGUGGACGAUUUAAACCUGUUAGAGAUCAGAAACCCCACCGUAACACCUUCGUCCCUGCAAAACGACCUUUCUGACCUAGAGAAAUGGUCUGGUGAAAACAGUAUGGUACUACAUCCUGGAAAAUGCCAAGUUCUACAUGUGAAGUUCAGCAAAUCAGUAUCCAUACUGCCGCCCCUCAAAAUCAACAACAACGAACUACGACAGGUUCAAACCAUGAAGAUUCUUGGCGUCUUAAUGCAGUAUAACCUGAAGUGGAAUGCCCACGUGGACUACAUGUACUCUAAAUCCAGUCAGCGUUUGUUCUUUCUCAGAAAACUCAAACACUUCCACAUCGGAAUUGAAGACCUUGUGAUCGUGUACACCACCUACGUCCGUCCGAUCAUCGAGUAUGCAGCACCGGUGUGGCAUCCCGGGCUGCCAACAUCCCUGUCCAACAAACUCGAGAGAAUCCAACGCAGAGCAGUGCGGAUAAUCCUGGGAGCUAACUACACCAGCUAUGCUGAAGCCUGCUCACAGCUUGGCCUACCCUCACUUCACCAGAGGCGUGAGAACUUGACACUUAAGUUUGCUAAGUCCCUUCUAACAUCCAGCCAGUACCGUCAUCUCCUGCCACCGGACAGACAGAGUAUUAGUGGCAGACAGACCCGCUCCUCAAACAACUUGGACUUGGUUCUCUCACAGACCACCACCAUGGCGGUUCCGCCGGAGGACUCUAUCGCCAUCGUGGGUCUGUGGUGCCGGUUCCCGCACGCAGACAGCCCGGACGACUUCUGGAGAGUCCUGGUUAACGGGGAGGACUGUAUGGAGGAAAUCCCACCUGACCGAUGGAGCCAGGACGCCUGGUACAGUCCGGACAAGAACGCACCCGGGAAAAUAUUCGUGCAGAGGGCGGGGUUUGUCCAAGGAUACAAGAUGUUCGAUCCAAGCCUGUUCGGCCUGAGGGACGAGGAGGCAUCACGAAUGGAUCCCCAGCAGCGCUUCAUGCUGGAGUGUUCGUACAAGGCGUUUGAAAAUGCCGGCAUCACAAUGGACGAACUGCAUGGCAGCGACACCGGUGUCUUCGUUGGCCUGAUGAACACUGAGUAUCUACUGGAUGGUGACAUAGACCUGACACAGAUGACCAACCACACGAUCACGGGGACAGCUACCUCUCUGGUGGCGGCAAGGGUGGCCUACACCUUCAACCUGACCGGGCCGGCCCUCACCGUGGAUACCGCCUGCUCGUCAGGACUGUACGCUGUGCAUCUCGGCUGCCAAGCUAUCAAGACAGGCGACUGCUCCAUGGCUGUCUGUGGGGGUGUGAGCUUCAUUCUCCGGCCGAACAUGUUCGUGUCGCUGUGCCGAGCGGGCAUGGCCUCUCCCGAAGGACGGUGCAAACCCUUCUCGGCUGCAGCUGACGGCUACGCCCGCGGGGAGGGAUGUGGUGUCGUCAUACUUAAAAAGCUUAGCAAGGCAUUAGAAAACAACGACCACAUUUGGGGCGUCAUUCAUACGGCAGUGAACCAGGACGGUCGCACCACCAUCCCCAUCACUGCCCCAUCACAGUCACAGCAAGAGAAAUUACUCCGCAGCAUCUUAGAACGCUACAGGUUCGACCCCGACCACAUUGACUACAUCGAAGCUCAUGGAACAGGCACACCAGUCGGGGAUCCAGUGGAGGCAAACAGUCUGGGCAACGUCAUAGGCAAGUCAAGAAAGGCUGACGACGACCCCGUACUUCUAGGCUCUGUCAAAGGCAAUAUCGGCCAUCUGGAGUCCGCCGCAGGGCUGGCCGGUCUCAUCAAGGUUCUACUGAUGAUGAAGUACAAACAAAUCGUGCCAAACGUGCACUUCGACAGACCUAACCCAAACAUAGACUUUGAUCACCUACGACUGUACGUGCCGACUGAGGUACUGGAUUGGACACUGCGGGGAAAGGACAGGAGAUUGGCUUGCGUGAACUCCUUUGGGUUUGGAGGAUCAAAUUCUCACGCACUCGUUGAACAGUUCCCCCAAGACAAUGACGAGUCUCCAGAACACGUCAACAAAGAGCAGGGAAAGGCGUACGUGGUGGUCGUGUCUGCAAGGAAAAGGGAAUCUUUGAAGCUGUCGGUUGAGGACCUGAUCGAACAUCUGGAGCAAAACCCGGACAUCUCGCUUGAAAGGCUGGCUUACACGUCAACUGUGAGGAGAACACAUCACAAUUUCAGGUUAGCAGUGUCAGGUAGCACUGUUGAUGGCAUAAAACAAUCUUUAGAGAAUGCUCUUUCCGGCAUAGAAGGAGCAGUGCGCACAAGGACAAUCAGACGGAAGACCGGUCGUGGGGAUGACGUCGGGCCUGACAAACGUGUUAUUUUUGUUUUCGGAGGACAAGGAACGUUGUGGGAGGGCGUAUGUCUGGACCUGAUUGACAAAGAACCUGUAUUCUGGAGAAAGUUGACUGAAGUCGAUGACUUGCUUUGUCAACACGUGGAGUGGUCUCUACUUGAUAAGCUGUCAGAUAAAGAGGACUUCCAUGUCCCGAUUGUAGCACAAUCCAUCAUUUUUGCUACACAAGUCUCGCUGUUCGCCCUUUGGCAGUCGUGGGGCAUCACACCAGAUGCCAUUCUCGGCCAUUCAGUGGGCGAAGUGGCUGCAGCGCAUUGUUCAGGCACCCUGUCACUACCGGAGGCCGUACGUGUCAUCUACCACAGGGGACGUCUACAAAAUGAAGUCACCGGCGGGAAGAUGUUGGUUGUCGGGAAUCUCCCGGUAGAGAAGGUGCUGGACAUGUGCAGUAAAGUCUCGGGUAAAGUUGGCUUGGCUGCCGAAAACAGCGCUACCUCCUGCACGGUGUCGGGCGAUGAUGCUGCAAUCGAUGAGCUGCAUGCCGUUCUGAAGGCGAUGAACGAGAACGAUUUAGCCGGCCAACUGUUUUUGAGAGAGCUGGAUGUGAAAGCGGCCUACCAUAGUCACCAGAUGGAGCCCAUCCGAGAGGUACUAGAAUCGAUGCUGAGAGAUCUACAAGGCCAGCCGCCUACUGUGGAACUGUACUCAACUGUUACAGGGAAGAGAGCUACAGAGGACGAAUUUGUUACCGGAGAAUACUGGGGGAGAAAUGUUAGGCAACCGGUGAUGUUCAGUACCGCAAUGUCAGAAGCCCUACAUCGUGGAAAACAAAACAUCGUUAUGGAGGUCGGACCAAAAGCUGCUCUGCGAAGCAACAUCAAACAAAUUGCAUCUGAGGUGAUUUUGAUCUACGUGGCGUCCAUCAAGCCAAACCAAGAGCAUGCAUCUAUCCUACAUAGUCUUUGCGAUUUGUAUCAAGCGGGUUUAAUGCCGACCUGGGACGCUUUCUUCGUUGAAGGAAUGCACACUCCAAUAGACGUACCACGCUACCAGUUUGCUCGAAAACCACUGUGGUUCGAAACUGAAAAAGCUGUAGCUCGACGCCAAGGCCGUGACCUCAGUAGCGGAUUCACUCACCCGUUCUUGUCACAUGUGUCGGCAACUCCCCCACUGUACAAGUGCUCCAUAAGCAAGCAGACGACCCCUUACGUGUAUGAUCACGUGUUGGACGACACUGUUGUUGUUCCCGGUGCCCACUACUUUGAACUGGGACUAGCAGCGUGCAUAGAAGUCAUAACACCGCGACAACCAGUGUCCAACUGCAGGACAAGUGUGGAGUUCCUUACACCAGUUACCGUGAGUCAGGGGGGAGAGGUUGAUAUCAAUGUGAGCCUCCAACACGACGAAGCUUUACAACUGGUCCAUUUCGAAGAGCGGACAGAGCGAGCGCUGCAUGCGAGAGGGACUGUCACCUAUGGGCCAGACAAGCAACAGACCAUUGAGAACUUGGACGUAGAUGAUAUCCGCUAUCGCUGCAAUGAUACUGUAAGCCACGAUGAUCUGUACAACAAGAUAGAAACGACAGGUUUCUACUACGGACCUACGCUCAGCCGACUGCGGGAAUGUCGCUAUGGAGACGGACCUGGUGGAAAGGAGGCCAUUGCCUUCAUCGAUGUCCACGACUUGGUGGCACAGGAGAUGCACAGCUGUUGUAUCCACCCUGCUAUACACGACUGCUUGCUGCAGGCACACUUUCUACUAGGACUGGACAUCUUACAACAGUCAGCAGGUCGUCGAGUGAGCUUUCUCCCAGUUUCUAUUGAAAGUGUUGUAGUCGUGAAACCUCCCGAACAACAGAUGUGGGUGUAUGUGAAACAAAGCAGAAGAACCGCAGGGACCAUGACAUCGAAUGGAGUCAUAGUUGGAACCAAUGGUCAGAUUAUACUUGAGCUGAGGGGACUGACCAUCAGGUUUUGGAAAGAAGGAAGCCCAAGUAACUUUGCGGACAUGUUCUACACCACAAGUUGGACAGGUUAUUCGUCUGACUGGAAGGGGAAGAUUGGGCCUGAGCUGAUCAACAAAACGUGUCACCUCAGGUGUCUCGUUCUUGAAGAUGAAUGUGGGAUCAUGGAUCACAUCAAGCCGCUGGUCAGCUCCGAAUCUGUCUUCAUCCCUCUCCAGGACAUCGAGAGCAUAGAUUACAAGAAUGACGAACAGGCACUGCAGAAGAUGCUUCAAGUCAAUAAUGUCAAUCUAGCAGACGUUGAUCUUGUUCUUCAUUGCUGCGGUAUUAGUUUACUAGAAGCAGAGACGACGGACACGGAAUCUUUGGACGCCCGAAUCCAACUCGCCUGUGCAAGUCUAAGGCAGCUGAUCAAGAUGGCUGUAGCCAGUGGGCAGACAAUCCCUCUGAAAGUCGUGACGCGCAAUGUCCAGUUCUCGAUGUGGCAGGAAAUGCCAUCGACUCUCUUGGAAGACCAGAGCUCCGUCAGUCUGAUAGACUUAGCGGGGACACCUCUAUGGGGCCUGGUUCGCUGUGCUAUCAGAGAGGCUGCCUACCCAUCCUUACAGCUAGUCGAGUUGUCGAGAGGAGAUCACUGGGAGACCCAUACGCUUCUGCAUGAACUAGUCACUGGAGAACUGAAUAGUUACACCGAAAUCAUGUUUGUGCGAAGUAAGAAAUACUUCUUGGAGAUUCAGUCAUCUACACUGCAUGCUGAAAGCGCAGUGUAUCGCACAAAUCGUGGCGAAAGUGGUUGCAGACUGAAGAUUCAAACAGCCGACACUAUGGAGCCCUUGAGAAUCCAUGCCGUUUACGAAGGUAAUGUUGAAGCAACGCCUACCGGUGCUGAAGAUAGUGUCAUUGUAAACGUUCAACAGUUCCAUGUGCAUCCGGGGAGCUUGUAUCCAGUAACGCGGGAAUCAGAAGAUGGAACGGUGGUGCACUGGUCAGCUUCCAGCAACCAGAACUGGGACCUACUUGGUCUGGACUUUGUGGGAACAGUAACCAAGGUGCCUGAGAAGUGCAAACUUCACGUUGGAGAUUUUGUUGUGGGCAUCUACCCUGCUGUGGCCUCUUCCGUCGUCUCACUCCCUGCCCCAGUAGUCCACAAGUUGGCAGACCUACCAUGUUUGUGUGAAACGCCUUGUCUGUCGUAUUUUGUAUUGGCAUGGGAGAUCUUGGUGAACCAACUACACAUCAAGCCCAAGCAGCGGAUUGUGGUGAUAGAUGAGCAUGCAGAAUCAGCCAUGAUCGAGACGAGAGUGAUUGCAGCCGUAGCCAACGCAUUACGAUCAACCUGUCAAAUCAUGACAUGUGCACAUGGCCACACAGGAAUCCCGGAGAAAGAGUACGAUGUUGCAAUCGUCGUCAGAAGACGGAAGCGGCUGAGGUCUCAGCUGUCGGAUGUGAUUGCAACCAACGGUCGUGUGGUGUACAUUUGUGGGCAGAUGUCGGAUCAAGAACGCAGCAGAACGUCUCCCAUGUGGAUCAGAUCAGACGUGACGAUCCUGCAGGUUAGCACAUGUACCGUGUUUCAAGAGACGAACCUGAAGGUCAUAAUGCCAAAGGUGUUCAAGUGGCUCUCUCACAGCCUACCUCAGCAUGCUAUGAUUCAGAUACCAGUCACCAACAGUCACCUCUCAUCUUCCCUUUUGCACAAAAAGGAGACCGAGAAUGAUCGAUCUGUCGCUGGUGAGUCCCUCCGUGUCCUACGUCUUGAUGGACAAGAGCUUCCUGUGAUCUGCACCAGGCAGACACUUUUCCGGAAAGAUGCGUCCUACAUCGUAGUCGGUGGGCUCACCGGUUUGGGAUUCCUCACCGUCAGAUUCCUUGCGGAGAGAGGUGCCGGCCACAUAGCGAUCAUGUCCAGGAGUCAGCCCAAACAGGACGUCGUUGCAGAGCUGAAGACAUUGGAAGAAACAUUCGGAGCAAGAAUCAUAUAUCUGCAGGCCGAUGUCUCGUCUUACGACAGCGUCAACUCUGCACUUGAAGAACUUCAUAUCUCAUUUCCCAGGAUUCCACUGAAGGGUGUGUUUCACAGUGCUGUCGUCAUCAGUGACGGAGUUCUGAUCAAUCAAGACCACGUGCAGUUCCAGAGGGGCAUGGGUGCAAAAGUCUCAGGGACCUGGAACUUACAUCUUGCGACACGACAUCUAAACCUGGACUAUUUUGUCGGCUUCUCUUCUGUUUCCUCCGUUCUGGGUAAUGGCGGACAGACAAGCUACGGGGCUGCAAACUCUGUCCUAGAUGGCAUAGUGCAUCUUCGUCGCCAGCUGGGGCUAAGCGGUCAGGUCAUCAACUGGGGUGCUUUGCAGCUCGGCCUGUUGGAAAGAGACAGAAAAGUUGCGAAGUUUCUGGAGCAGAUAGGAAUUCUUCCAAUCGACAAGGACUGCAUCUGUGAGAGCUUGGAGACUUGCCUCAUCGCCAAUCCUUCACAGAUUACAGUGGUAAAUCUCGACCGACCAAAGUUCAGGCAGUUUUUGCAGGAGCUGCCCGACUUCAAGAGGCUAGAGGUGGUUCUAGGAGGUCCCGCGGAGUCAAGCCCAGACGACACUGCCGUGGUGACGAGUGUUACUGUCGGCAACUUGAGUAAGAUGGAUAAACGAGCUCAGCAAAAGUCACUUGGGGACUUCACGCGUCUCCUCUUUGUCAAACUGUUGAGCGCAGAGGACGAGACGGUAAACAUGUACACAUCAAUUGUUAAUUUGGGAAUGGACUCCCAACUAGCACUAAACGCCCAAAGCAUAUUCAGGAAACAGCUUAAUGUAGACGUGCCAGUUGUCGCCUUACUGAGUCAAGAGUCAACGGUUCAGUCGAUCAGCGACUUAGUCUACGACCAGCUCAAGAAGACAUUGCCAGAGAGUGGUCCCAUUGCACCGCCAAGACGAAAAAGAAACGGACCGAAGACAUUUCGAUCAAAGCGGUUGAUCUCAUUUAAAGACGAGGAUGGGCUUGAGGAAAUACUUCCGAUGGACGAUGUCUUGAAAUCUGUUGGUCGUCUCGAUAAACUCUUUGAGAGGCAAGUCUCCAGGACGCCAUCACACACGGCUAUCAUUACAAGCAACAACAAUGUCAGCUAUGGUCAGCUGAACCAAUCAGUUCAACAUUUGACCAGCGCACUUGUAGAAUUGAAACGCCAGGGUGGAAACGUACAAGUGACAAAAACGGCAGGUAUUAGUACAACGUCUAUGUCGGUUGUGUCAAUGACCCUGAUGGCAGCUAUGCGGUUCAAGUCCGCCCUGAAAGGCAAACACGAGAACGUCGGUGUCUGUCUGUCCUCUUCUGAAGAGGUACCCUGCGUCAUUCUUGCAAUCUGGAAAGCCGGCUUGACGUUCGUUCCUAUUUGCCUUCAUGAUGAAGCUGAACAACUUCAGCAGCUUACACAAGGUCCGAUCUACUAA